CAUGUGACACUUCAUGAGUACACCAUUAAUCUCUUAAAAAGCUAUUAAAUAGGCUAACAACAAUGAAGUCAUUUUCUGAUAGCGUGCCACUUUGGAUCAAUCUGUGUCUUUGCAUCUUUCUGAAGAUACAGCUCACGUGUGUGCGCACUCUCUCUCUUUGUCUUUCUCACGACAUAACCAACCCACCACCCACCCUCAGGUGAGAAAGCAGGGCUGUAAUGCAUCUCACACAUUUCUGUUGGUGUUUCCAGUCUUUAACUUCGUUUUCUAAAUAAACAAACAAAAACUUCGUUCAGGUGACGUUUACAUCAGUCCAGAGAAUGAUAAAACGUCUUCGUUGAAAAGUUCAUUGACUUUCUCUGGAGCUGCAGGGAAGUUUAAUUUUUGUUUUUGGCGUCUCUUCUGCGCCGAGCAAGAUUGCGCGUAAAUCGCAGCGCGAGGCGCGCCCGGUGCUGUCGAGACUGGGCGUCAGAGCGCGGGUGAUCGCCACGGGCGUGCUGGGUGUUGUCAUGGUGCUGGUGCUGGUCAUUCUCAUCCCGGUGCUGGUCAGCGCGGCAGGAUCCGACCCGCGCUAUGAGAUGCUCGGCGCGUGCCGCAUGGUGUGCGAUCCGUACGGUACUAAGUCUCCAUCAUCAGCACCGGAGGACAACCGCUUGGUUCAGUCCCCACCAACUUUCAUUCGCGGUCCGAAAGGGGAGACAGGGCGCUCAGGACGGAUCGGUCCGAGGGGUCAGCCGGGUCCGCCGGGUCCACCCGGACCUCCAGGUCCCCCCGGGGUCAUAGGAGAACCGGGGCCACCGGGAUUACCUGGUCCGCCCGGAGUCACCGGUGUCAUAAGCGCGGCGACGUACAGCACCGUCCCCAAAAUCGCCUUCUACGCAGGACUCAAGAAGCAACACGAGGGUUACGAGGUGCUUAAGUUUGACGAUGUGGUCACUAACUUGGGCAAUCACUAUGACCCCUCGAACGGUAAAUUCACCUGCUCCAUCCCGGGAAUCUACUUUUUUGUGUAUCACGUAUUAAUGAGAGGUGGUGACGGGACCAGCAUGUGGGCUGAUCUGUGUAAGAAUAACCAGGUGCGUGCAAGUGCAAUAGCGCAGGAUGCAGACCAGAAUUAUGACUAUGCCAGCAACAGUGUGAUUUUACACUUGGAGCCUGGAGACGAGAUCUACAUUAAACUAGAUGGAGGCAAAGCGCACGGGGGAAACAACAACAAAUACAGCACAUUUUCAGGCUUCAUGGUCUACGCCGAUUAACGCCUGUGGCAUGGACUGCACUUUCAGAUGUACCUCAUUUUGACGUCACAACGUAAUUAGAGUGAGGUCACGAAAAGUUUAACCCUCAAGCUUGCGACAACUCAUCCAUGUCAGAGUGAAGGACAAAAACAACCAAACGUCUAGCGGAAUUACUGAAUGAUCAUACAUCUCGACGCAUGUGAACACAUCCUCUACACACAAAUUAGUUUUUAGAAAAUUCACUGUGAUUUAGAAAAAAAAUCUUACAGUGUAACACUGAUGAUU